CUCCGGCUGUGCAAGCGAUCAAGAGCCAGUGCGCUUUUGGAAUCGACUUGCCCAAGGCGGAGACUUGUCAAGCUGUUCAAGAUGUGGAUUCUGACACUGUGGCUUCUUUUUCUGCUCAUAUCAAAGGCAUGUGGAAAGAAGGCAUCAGAUACGGGUUCAUGCCAGCCGCAUCCCUCCUGCAAUGAAUGUAUCCGUUCCCACCCCAGCUGUGCCUGGUGUAAACAACUGGAUUUUGUGCAAGCAGAUGAGUCAGAUGUGGCUCGCUGUGCCUCUCGGCUGGAGCUGGAGCGUCGUGGUUGCCUCCCCAGUGAAGUUGUGGACCCGCGUGGCAAGAGGCAUAUCCUGGAGGACAGGCCCCUCAGCGAAAGCCCCCGGCACGAGAGCAUCACUCAGCUGGCGCCCCAAAAAAUUGCUCUACAGCUACGGCUUGGGGAGGAGCAGAAUUUCACUGUGCGUUUCAGACGGGCUGAAGGCUACCCUGUGGACCUGUACUAUCUCAUGGACCUGUCCCAUUCCAUGAAGGAUGACCUGGAGAACAUCAAAAGGCUGGGGAAUGAUCUGUUGGCUGCCCUACGUAAUAUCACCCCCUCUGGGAAAAUUGGCUUUGGCUGCUUUGUGGACAAGACACUGCUGCCCUAUGUGAGCACAUCACCAGCCAAGUGGCACCACCCCUGCCCAAUCCCCAACGAGCCCUGUCAGUCGCCAUUCAGCUAUCGACACGUGCUGGCGCUCACUGACAAUGCCAGCGAGUUUGAGAGCAGAGUCAGCCAGCAGCUUGUCUCAGGGAACCUGGACCCAGCUGAGGGGGGCUUCGACGCUAUCAUGCAGGUGGCAGCUUGCAAGGAACAGAUCGGCUGGCGUGAUGUGACAAGAUUGCUGGUCUUCACUUCAGAUGGCACUUUCCACUUGGCCGGGGAUGGGAAAUUGGGAGGAGUCUACAUGCCCAAUGAUGGGCACUGUCACCUGGAUGAGAAUGGUCUAUACACUAAAAGCUACCUCUAUGACUACCCUUCUGUCGGGCACUUGGCUGAAGUGCUGUCACAGUCUAACAUCCAGCCCAUAUUUGCUGUGACGCGUCCCAGGAUCCUUGUGUAUGAGGAGCUGAGCAAACUCAUUCCAAAGUCGGUCGUCGGGGAACUGAAGGAAGAUUCCAGCAACGUGGUGCAGCUCAUUAUUGAUGCCUACCAUAGCCUUUCAUCCAACGUGAACUUGAAACACUCAGACCUUCCUCCUGGCAUCUCAAUUGCUUAUGACUCGCACUGUGGCAACUCGGAAGUGUUUGGACAUGGACAGAGUGGAGAAUGCUCUGGCGUACAAAUCAACCAGUUGGUGCAGUUCACCGUAAGAAUAAAAGCGACCACCUGCCUGUCUAGUACCCAGGAUCUGCAACUACGAGUUCUGGGAGUGGGUGAGGAAUUACAGGUUCAGCUGUCGACGGUAUGCAAGUGCCAGUGUGGAGAUGUCCAGCCCUACGCCUCACACUGUUCCAGUGGCCAGGGCAACCUCACCUGUGGUGUGUGCAGUUGUCAGGAGGGGCAAAGAGGCCGUCUCUGCGAGUGCAAGGAAGAGGAACUUGAUGACCCAGAAGCCAGGUGCCAUGAUGGAAACAGCACUGGUCCCGUGUGCGGCGGCAAAGGCCGGUGCGUGUGUGGAAAAUGCCAGUGCAACGCCCAUGCCAGCGGCCCCCUUUGCAAGUGUGACAACACCAGCUGCGAAAGACACAAUGGGCAGCUCUGCGCAGGUAAUGGACAGUGCAGGUGUGGCAUUUGUGAGUGUCAGAGCAACUACACCGGCAGCGCAUGCGAGUGCAGUCUGGACACCAGUGAAUGCGUGCAGGAUGGUGCCAUAUGCAGCGGUCACGGGCACUGUGUCUGCAAUAGAUGCCAGUGUGAGGCUGGCUGGCUUGGCAGCUACUGCAGCCACUGUGCAGAGUGCCGAACAGCUUGUGAGCAACACAGGGACUGUGCUGAGUGCAAAGCCUUCGGGACAGGCCCCCUGAGUGGAAACUGCAGCAUUUCUUGCAAUCAGACGAUGAGGGCGUUUUCGGCACCUGCUGUGGAUGAGAAAUGGUGCAAAAUGACAGCAGAAGAUGGCAACCUGCUCAUCUACCUCGUGGAGAAGGACGAGACGGGUAGUAUCACUCUGACUGUCAGCAGCCAAGAGGGUACUACUGACCAGAAACUCAGACUGGUCCUGGGUUUGGUGCUGGGCCCCGUGGCUUUUGCGGUGCUUUUCGUUGUGCUGUGCUGUGUUGUCACGGAGAUCUAUAACCGAAGGGAGGUCAAGCGCUUCGAGGAGGAGUGCAGACGGGCUAAGGGAAAGGAGGUGAACAAUCCACUCUUCCGGCAAGCUACCACCACAGUUGUAAACCCCAAGUACAGGAAAGACUGAUGCACUGACUGGAAGGGGGGGAAAAACCCACUCUGAAACACAUUUAUUCGUAGCAGCCCGAUUGACGUUGGCGAAACUAUGGAAGACAGACCAAAUCCCAACUUUAGAUGACUGAGAAACAAAAGUGAAUUAUUACUAUAUAACGGACAAGAGCCUCCACCGAAUGAAAUUAUUCAAAGCAGAAGCUUUUAACGACAACUGGCAAAAAUGGACUGAAUAUAUAAGCAAUGAACUUAUUAUUAUAUACCCGGUGGACUAUUAAUUUUAUUUGUAAGCUGCUAGCGCAAUGUAUUGGAUGGAUUUUUGUUGUUAUCGAGUGUAGUAGUUAGUUGGAAUUUAUAACUAUGAUUAAGUUAAUGUGCUAGUAUAGGACAGAAUUAGUUGGAGCAUGUUUUGUUUUAAUCUAUUAUAAAUUUUUGUUAUAAAGGACCAGACUGCAAAAGCAGUCUGUGGUACCAGGAGGAAGCUCAUACAUUUAGACAUGACUCAACAUGAUAGAUGGUACUCGGAUAAGGAGUACCAAAAUCUCUUUUAAUAACCUUUUAUUUCUUAUCUUGUAAGCUUUACCUGACUCUAUUUUUAGUCUCUCCGCCCCCCCCCCCCCCUUUCUCUAUAUUACUGGAUUUCCAAUCCUUUGACCGGACUGUUUAAUACAAGGAAUUUUGAUGCUUAAAAUUAAUAAUGAAAUUUUCCCCGUAGGGGAAACCUAAUAGAUUCUGACAGUUAUGUGACAAAGUUAUGUGACAAUGUUAUGGAAGACAGAAAUUGGUGGACAAUACUAUUCUUUUUUUCCCCUUUUCUUUCUUCCUUAUCUUUCCUUGUGAAACUUCCUACCGACAAAUUGUUUAUUAUGGAAGACUAAAGCCA